GUACAUGCACACACACACACACACACGCACACACAAACUCUCACACACACACAUUUAACUCACAUCCGAAAUCACCAUGCCGUGGAAACCUGUCUGUGCUGGUCUCCACUUGCUGCUGUUGUUCCAUACAUCGGCCGUGGGUUCGAGCUUCGAGCUGACCCUGCUGCACACAAACGACAACCACGCACGGAUCGAGGAGACCAGCGAAGAUUCCGGGAAGUGCAUGACCGGGAGCCCCUGCUUCGCCGGGGUGGCUCGCCGCUUCACGAAGGUGUCUGAGAUCCGCAGGAAGGAGAAGAACGUGUUGCUGCUGGAUGCCGGGGACCAGUUUCAAGGCACUGUGUGGUUCAACUACUAUAAGGGCGCAGAGGCAGCUUACUUCAUGAACAAACUUGGAUAUCAUGCCAUGGCUUUUGGCAACCAUGAGUUUGACAAUGGAGUGGAGGGUCUCAUUCAACCGUUCCUGCAGAAUGUUAAUUGCUCAGUGGUGAGCGCCAACCUUAAAGCCGACCAGACUCUGUCUGCAAAGCUGAGCGGCUACUACCAGCCUUAUACGGUGAUCCCUGUGGGAUCAGAGAGGGUGGCUGUGGUGGGCUACACCACCGCAGAGACUCCUUUCUUGUCCCAGCCAGGACCACACUUAAAAUUUGAAGAUGAAGUGGAGUCCCUGCAGGCUGAGGUUGAUAAGCUGCAGACAUUGGGCUAUAAUAAGAUCAUCGCCCUGGGACACUCUGGCUUUGACGUGGAUCAGAAAAUUGCCAAGCAAGUGAGAGGCGUCGAUGUGGUCAUUGGAGGACACACCAACACAUUCCUGUACACAGGAACCGCUCCAUCUACUGAAGCACCAGCAGGGCCAUACCCAUUUAUGGUGAGGUCUGAUGAUAAUAGAGAUGUGCCAGUUGUUCAGGCAUACGCCUUUGGAAAGUACCUGGGUUACCUUAAAGUCACCUUUGAUACGGCUGGAAAUGUUCUCAAAGCAUCUGGAAACCCUAUCCUGUUAGACAGCAGCAUCCCUCAAGACCCCGCUAUCCUUGCUGAUAUACAGAAUUGGAAGAAAGACCUGGCUCAGUAUUCGUCGCAGUAUGUCGGACAGACUUUGGUUUACCUCAAUGGCUCCUUUGAAGAGUGUCGCUUUAGGGAAUGCAACCUUGGAAACUUGAUUUGUGAUGCCAUGGUUAAUCACAAUUUAAAGUACUCCAGUGAGAUGCAGUGGAAUCAUGUGGGUAUUUGCAUGUUGAACAGUGGAGCCAUUCGCAGCGCCAUUGACGAACGCCACAAGAACGGUACCAUAAGCAUGGAGGAGAUCCUCACUGUUUUACCAUUUGGAGCAACUAUGGACUUGAUACAGAUAAAGGGGUCAACAAUGAAAAAGGCCUUCGAACACUCUGUUCACAGAUAUGGUGACAUGCAUGGAGAAUUUCUGCAAGUCUCAGGCAUCCGUGUAGAGUACGACCUUUCAAAGCCAGCAAACCAGCGAGUGGCAUCCUUAUCUGUGGUCUGCACCAAAUGCAGAGUGCCAAAAUAUGAACCUCUGGAUCUAGAGAAGACGUACACUGUGGUCACGCCUUCAUACCUAGUGGCCGGAGGUGACAGCUACACCAUGAUCAAGGAGGAGAUGCUGAAGCACAAUACGGGUGAUAUGGACAUUUCGGUUUUAUCCAAAUACAUAUCAGAGAUGAAGCGCGUCUAUCCAGCGGUGGAAGGUCGGAUCAAGUUCAGGAACUCUGCAGCACUUGCAGCCCAAAGCUUCUCUUUGCUGCUGUUGAGUUUAUGUCUGACUCUGACACUCUGAUGCGUUGCAAGUGGGAUGUAUUUGUUUAUUUACACCAACUAUGUAUUAUUUUGACACCAAGUUGCCAAGCCACUCAAUCCUCCAGUUUUUUGUGUCUGCAUGCUCUGGUCCCUUGUAAAGGCAUUGGUGGGCGUUCACUUAUGCUAACUAGGACCAUGUGGGCCACCAAACCUAUAAAUUUAUCAGAAAAGGGACAAGCUUGCAAGUAAACAACAUUGUAUUAUGAUGAUGAAACUACAAUAGUAUUUUAAUUCAGUCCAUGCUUACUUUACUGAAUCUGUAUGGUCUUUUGUAACAUAAGUUCUCUUAAAAUGGCAUUGGAACAGUGAGGCCAAUUCCUUUAUUUUUGCUGUGAACUGCAAACAUUUGGGUUUGACACCUUUUGCACCAUUUUUCAUGAGAGUAUUGGAAUAUGUGAUUGACAGGUGUGCUUUGAUGCCCAGGUGUGUCCCAUUACAUUGCUUAUUCAUUCAAUAAAUAGCACUGUGUUGUACCUGUGCAGACUGCAUUUAGAGGUAUAAACAUGAAAACCAGCAAACUGUUUAUGAGUGACAAACAAGCAGAUAGGAAAUAAGUCAGCCAUGGCACAAACAUUGGUCACAGACACUACAAAAAUACUGAAUGUUCUGAAGAAGAAAGAAAGCGCUGGUGUACCAAGAGUUCCUUUCUUCUUCAGGACAUUCUAAAUGCCUGUAAAGCUAUGACCAAUGUUUAUGCUAUAUUUAUGCUUCUGUCAGAUUCACAGUGCUUGUUAUUUACCCAUAGGCAGAUCUGCAGUCUGCACAGACAAAACCUGUCCUAUCGAAUCUGAGUGUAGACAUUUUGAUUGAAUAAGCAAUGCAAUAAGACACACCUGCCAGUCACAAGUUCCAAUGCCUUUCCUCACACGAAAAAUGGGUGGGUUUAAACAGAAGGUAUUGUCUUCUUGAUGUCAAACCCAAAUAUUAUCAUUCUACAGCAAAAAUAAAAUCAUUGACCUAUAUAUUGUGUGUUAUGUUAAAUCAGCAGUGAUGUUUUUUUGGACCAGCUCUCUGACUUGCCAUAAAACCAUGUCCAAUGUCGUAUUGUAGCAUUAAAUGAUGCUCUGUAUCAUAACAUUUGUUUAAAUAAAACAACAAA